UACCUACCUAUGUCUCAUUCAGAUUAAUCAUCAAGUAUGCAGACAAGAUUAAUACUAGUUUCUAAGCUCAAUAGGAUCUUCUUCCCAACAUCCAAAUAUCAAACAGCCUUUUCCUCAGCUGCUUCUCAUGGCGGAGAUCCUCAAAUGGAAGAUGCCAUGACUCAAGGGGUUGACACGGAGGGUGAAACUAACCCACAUCAUCAUCAUCAUCAUCAUCAUCAUCAUCAUCAUGAUCAAGAAUUUCCCACCAAAGAUGAGAAUCUUUACAUGCAUCCUAAGACGGUACCGCCAAACUUGUCAUCCUCCAAGCUAGAGACCCCGGGUGUGAACAAGCCAUUUGAUCCCCACCACCAGCAAAAGCGUACCAAGGAGGAGUUAAGCUGCGCGGGGCUGGAUGGUUCACCAUGGCCGGCGGAUCAUGACCAGACUGAAGAUGAUGACGAUAAACACUACUUUGAGCACCACAAAGCUUCUCCAUUAUCUGAAAUUGAGAUUCUUGAUUCUAGGAAACCUCUUGCWAGAGUCACCGAUGGGACGGCGGGUGGUUAUUUUGGUGAUCAACAGGUGAUAACGUGGAGACCUGAGCAACUUGAUACUGCGGAGGAGUCUCUAMUGAGAGCCACAGAGAUGUUUAGAGAUGCGGCUAGGAGGGGAGUUCCGGAGUGGCCUCAUUCUAGGAGAUUGAGACAACUUCGAGGAGAGGAUUGGUGAUCAUAUAAUCUUUUCGUCUUGUUAAUGUUUAAUAAUAUGCAUGUUUACUGUAACACCCCAUUCCGAAGGAAGGGAGGUUGCUUCAAAACGUAACGGAGCGGUUCUAUAAAACUUUCAAAAUAUAGUCUCUAAUACAAAAAAAUAAAAUAAAAUCUUCCAAUAACGAAAUUGAAUAUAUCUUCAAAUAAAGAAAUAAAGGUCUCCCAAAAACCACUUCCAGGAUCCUCCAACAACCGAGGAAAAUCCAAAAAUAACCAAAGAAAUCUAAUCUAAUAGCCAAAAGAAAGAAAAAAAAAAUUCUAAAAAGUGAAAUAACAUAGCUCUAAACCUCUUGAAACCUAUGCAAUCAAGAUCCUGGUCUACUCUCUGUCACAAGACCUAGCCGCCCUUGAUUACCUGCCGUGAGGAAUAGAAGAAAACACGGCCGAGCCAAAUGUCCAGUGAACUGAUAAAUAAUUACAGUAAAAUGAUAAUACAAACAUGUCAAAAUUGAUCUCAAGACAUCGAACCAAACGAAUACCCAAAAUCUUAGAAAAUCA